AUGCACUUAGUCACGAAGUUCGUAGCCUUUCUGAGGUUUCGUAUACCUCUUCAGCGCACCUUAGACAGCUUGCACACUUGCCCCGAAUCCCCAGUAACUCAGCUAUUUCCAGAUCAUCCAGAUACCUGUCCUACAACCGACUCCUCCAAUCAUUGGGACCCAAAAGCAACACCAUAUCCAAUCGUUCGUAGGGAUCUAAGCUCAUCGGACAUUUUCCAGAGUAAACAGAAUGGACCGGUCACUGUCCCAGAUCCUUACAGAUGGCUAGAGGAGCCGUCCAAGCAGAGCACAGAGACACAGCAAUUCAUCAACAGACAACAGGCCUUCACGAAGGAUUACCUGAGCAAAUACUCGCAUCGAGACUUACUCCAUCGGACAUUGACAAAGAGUAUGGACUACGGAAGUAUCAGUAGUCCAUCGCUGAAGCCCGAUGGAUACUACUACUUCUACUUCAACUCAGGCCUACAAUCUCAAUCGAUCUUCUACCGGAUCAAGAAAGGCGAGGAGGAGGAGGCCUUCAAGCGGGCUACCGACCCCAAAAACCCUGUGGGGGAGCUCUUUUUCGAUCCUAACCUGCUCUCCAUCGACAGCACCUCCGCACUCGCUUUCUCGGCCAUUUCGGAGUCGGGAACUUACAUGGCCUAUGGAGUCUCCCGCCUUGGAAGCGACACUCACACUAUCUACGUCCGUCGCACUGACUGCCCCCAUAAAAAGACUGCUGCCGAUGGCGGAAAGAGAGGUGAGGACCCUGGGCGGAUGAAGGAUGUGGUCGAGAAUGUGAAGAUUGGUGGUGUCAAUUGGAUGAAAGACGAUUCCGGUUUCUUCUAUACAAGAUUCCCUGACAAACAGCCUCCACCUACCGGGACCGGUACAAAUCAACAAGGAGGAGGCGAAGCUGAUACCGGAAGAGAUACCAAGCUCUACUUUCACCGACUUGGCGAGCCGCAGACUAAAGAUUUAUUGAUAGUCAUGGACCCAGCAAAUCCAUCCUACCUAUGGGAAGCUGAAGUUUCGGAUGACGGCAAGUACCUCAUUUUGGAGAGUUGCAGGGAGACCGACCCCUCGAAUCGUCUCUGGGUUGCCGACCUGACCUCUCAACCCCUGUCGAGUGAGAUGAAGUGGCAAAAGAUCGUGAAUGAGUUCAGCAACAACUACCUAUUGGUCACCAAUGAUGACAGUCAAAUGUAUUUCCUGACCAACAAGGAUGCACCCAAGGACAAAGUGGUGACGUAUGACUUGAAUAUGGCGGGCUUGUGA